AUGGUUGUGGUCUUGACCGCCAAGAUUCAGCAUGAGCUUUAUGGCUUAGGAUUGGCCCUGAGCCAGGUAUGGGGUCCCCCACCCCCAUCUACCCAGGGCGUGCAGGCUGCGGUGGAUGAGGUGGUGCAGGCCUGGGAGCAGGCCCAGGCCCGGGCCAAGGCCGAUCAGGCCAUCCAGGCCAGCCAGCUGACUGACGCGAACCCCUGGCUGCGGAUGACUUGGUGGGCCGACUAUCUGCAGGGCACCCAGGCCCAUGACCUGCUAGCCUGCGUGGCAGCCCCGGAGGAAGAUCCCCAGGAUGCCACUGAGCAGCGCGUGCAGGUCAUCUGGGCCACCAUGGAGCAGGUUGCCCGUAAGAGCCAGCAGACAGUCCAGCAUUGCGGCCAGGCCAUCCGGGUGGAAGCCGUCCGGUCCGAAAAGGGGCAGACCCCAUACCGGCCGCUGCUGGCAUACAUGGAUGAGGCUGCGGUCCAGAAGCAUGUCCGUCCAUGGCAGCAGAUAUUAGCAUUCAUUGCCCGCACGCAGGCCCCGCACGGCUGGACCAGCCUGAAAUAUGGGAUGACCGCGCGGCAGCGCCAGAAAUGGCGGCAGCUGUGGCAGCUCGCUAGCCAGGCCGCAGUUCCAGGGGACCGGGAGGACCGGGAGGACCUGGAGGACCUGGAGAACCCAGAGGACCUAGAGGUAUGGGCGAUGACUGCUAUAGAAAAAGCAUGCUUAGAAUUUUGCAUUGAGCUGCUCAACCAGCGCCAUCGCAGCCACGAAUAUGAGAGUGCAUUAGUAUGCGCCAUGGCCGUACUUGGUCAGGGUGAGGCUGGCUGGCGGGACCCAGAGAGCUACCCACCAAUAUUAUCCCGCGUGAUCAAGGUGGCCCGAUUCAUGGUGGUCCAGAAAGCAUUAUGGAUGGACCCGAAUCCAUGGCAGAUCAUUCAGACCUGGAUACAAAAGGACCAGAGCGCUGAAUGGGUGCUAGCUAGCGCAGAUGAUCAACUUGGGGAGAUUGAUGAGGGAUAUGGCAGCGAUGACCCCCCAUCAUUGCCACCAUCAUCGCCGCCAUCAUCCAUCCAUAGCGAUGAUCCAUUGCCCGCGGUCAACAUUCGCCAGAGCCGCCGACCGUUCCAGGAGCAGGUGACAUGGAUGAUGCACCAGUUUAUGAUCCGUGGGACACACGGCCCCAUGGAAACAUUGCUAGACUGGCGCACGUAUGGAUUAAAGGUCCAUUAUAAUCAUACCGCGCCCGGACAUGUGACAUGGAUGGGGGAGGACCAACUGUUAUAUCAGCAGAUGGCAUUCACAAUGGGGGAUUUUCGGGGAUUCAUCCAUGGAUUAGUAACUGCACCAGAGCCAGGCGGGGUGGAACUUUUUGCACGACGCACGGACCCAGUGGCCGGUGGAUGGGACCCACUGGAUGAUCGACCGGCUGUGGCCGAGCCGGUCAUGCAGCGGCAUUUCCUGCGGGGGGGCCGAUUCCACCGCGGUGCCAUCCAGCAGUACUGGCAGCGCGUGGCCCAGUUCAAGGAGAAAUUAGCCAUUCUGGUGCAUGUCACCGCGGGCAGCCGGCGCGGGCCCCGGAGUUGUUAA